CUUCCCUGCCGAUCAGUUUCGAGCUGACAGUCAAUGCGUGCACCUGUGGUUAUGUGGAUGCGAAUAAAAAAAGAAAGUGACGUGUAUUGAAAGAAAAUUUGGAAAAUAAAAUAUCGAUAAAAUUGGCAGUGUAAAUUGUGGAAUUAAAGAAAAGGAUACGGUACGGUGAUACGUUGAUUGGGAAAAAUUUUUGAUUUUUUUUUUUUUUUUUUGAAAAACUUAUAGACACCUUCACAACGGAGGACGAGUAGCCUGCGGCCUUCCAGGUGUUCCGCGUUGGCGCAACGCUACGCCCACGUGCCCCGCGAAAUAUUAGUAACAGACCCGCGUCCCGGAAUCUUGACUAGUUUUUUAAAAGUGUCAGGCUGCUAAUUUGAAUAAAAUCGUAUGACUCUGUCGGGGAAUUUGAAUUCUCACUCGGCAUAUAUACAGCGUCAGUUGGACUUCGUCAAUCGUAUCAAAAAUUCAAAUUCGUCGGUGUUUCGUAAUUUUCUUUCUCUAACCUAUCGUGACAUAUUUUCAUCGGUUAAUAAUUUUCAGGUUCGUUCUGAAACUCGCGUGUAACGGUCUGUGCAAUCGAAUUGUGAACGCGCCUUAAUCAAAAGUAAAAGAUGUAUAAAUUAAAUUAUCGGUAAGGAUAAUUUUUUUUUUUUCCAAAAAAAAAAAGGUUGCUCCAAUUUUUAUCCAGAGAUAUUUCGAGCGAUCCGUAAAAAAAAAGAAAAUUGGAUAAAAAAUCAUUUUUGGUAAUCAGUCAAGCGGUCUUUACGGACAAUGACGCUGACGUCAGUGAUUCUGUCACGUGUUACGACGAAUAUCUCGUUUAAAUUUCCCGCCAUCGGCUACACUCAAAAUGUAUAAAUCGUAUACCCGUGUAUCGUGAACUUUUGUGAACUAUGACACGAGUGGACGAAGAUUAACAAAAAGUGAAAUAGUUCGUAAAGUGCCCUCUGGAAUAUACAAUGCUGGAACUCGUGGAGCGAAAAGCUAGUGGAAUAUCCUGGCCAGUCGCGAUGGCGCGGUUGCCGCGGAGCUUUGAAAAUCACAAGGACGUCUUUCUCAGGCGAGAAAAGAGCGGACCAACUUUUCGCGAGAGAAGGUGGAAAAGGGACAGCAAGGGCCUCCUGUGUGCCCUGGGUCGUUGCAAUGAUUACUACAGCCCUGAUACCCUGGGCACAUGGAAAUUUCAUAGAGUGUCGCGCGUAAGCCAUGAGGGGAUGAGCACUGGCGGAGAUGGCAGUGGCGGUGGUGGUGUUGGUGGUGUGCAGGCUGGUGGGGGUGGCAGAAAUACGCCACCCCAUGGAUCACCUACCCCCAUGGACAAAGCCACCCUGAAGGUUCACUUGCCAAAUGGGGGUUUUAAUGUCGUGAAAUUUGGGGAUGCCAUCGAUGUCAGGGGUAUCAUAUCUCUGGUUACUAGUCGCCUUGCCGUGGGAACCAGGCAUUAUAGGAAUUUAUACGCCAUGAGAUUGCAUCACCCUGGAUCAGGGGAGAGUUACUGGUUGCAUCAGGACACGACCAUGUAUCAGGUUCAAGAAAAAUACGAAAGGAAACAUCCUCACAGUGAGUGGAGGUACGAGUUAAGGGUUCGUUAUUUACCCCAAAAUCUCAAUGAUUUAUAUGAGAAGGACAAAGUCACGUUUUAUUAUUAUUACGACCAGGUGCGAAACGAUUACCUGAGUGCUAAUCACGCGGCCCUGGAUCAAGAUGUUGCGGUGCAAUUAUGUUGCUUGGAGAUACGUUAUUUCUUCAAGGACAUGCCGCAGAUUGCUCUUGACAAGAAGAGCAAUCUUGAGUACCUGGAGAGAGAGGUGGGCUUGCACAAGUUUUUACCUCGUUCGGUGCUUAAUGGAAUGAAGCCAAAAACGCUACGCAAGCUCAUUCAGCAGCACUUCAAGAAGGUCGCAUCUCACUCGGAACUCGAGUGCAUGUUCAAGUUCUUUGACCUCCUAAGGUCGCACUACAGGUUCGAUCAAGAGAGGUUCAUUUGUGCUCUUGGGUCAAGUUGGUCCAUUCCUGUGGAGCUAGUCAUUGGUCCAGACCUUGGUAUUUCCUACAUGGCUCAUCGUGGUGGUACUGUGCCUACGAGAAUGGCGGAAUUCUCACAGAUACAGUCCAUUCAGACACUUGUCUCGGAUUGCAAGGAACAUGCGAAGGCGUGCAUCAAACUGAGAGUUGCUGGUGCUGCUGAGACUCUCAGCAUCACUUGUUCCAGUCUGGAUCAAGCUGAGAGCCUUGCUGAUUUGAUUGACGGUUAUUGUAGACUAGUUACUGGCAGCAAUACUUCUCUUUGGAAUCGUAAAGCUGCUUCAUGGAAAAAUUAUCCAUGUCCUUGCAAAGAUGCUCAUCCGCCAAAGUACAGACAGGAUGCUACUGGUAGCCCAGAAAAAAAUGCUGGAAAAACUGGCACCAUUUUGUCUGAGGAUUAUGCGGAGAUAGUUGACGAGGAAGGCGAUUAUUCUACACCAGCAACACGGGAUUAUCAAAUCGUAAGAAACCAGGUGGAAUUGGGUGAGAUUAUCGGUGAAGGUCAGUUCGGAAAUGUUCAUAAGGGUUCAUACAAAGGUCGAGAUGGUCAGACGAUCGCAGUAGCUGUAAAAACCUGCAAGGUCGAUGCCGAUUUGGCAACUGCUGAGAAGUUCCUCGAAGAAGCUUAUAUAAUGCAACAGUUCGAACAUCCUCAUAUCAUUAGACUGAUUGGAGUUUGUUCAGAAGCUCCAAUCUGGUUAGUUAUGGAGUUGGCCAGAUUGGGAGAGAUGAGAGCUUAUUUGCAGUCCAAUAAGAAUCGAUUAGAUCUAGCUACACUGCUCCUCUACACGUUCCAGCUGAGUACAGCGCUGUCAUAUCUCGAGAGUAAAAAAUUCGUGCACAGAGACAUCGCAGCAAGAAACGUAUUGGUUUCUUCGCACAACUGUGUAAAACUUGCAGAUUUUGGAUUAAGCCGAUGGGUAGAGGAUCAAAAUUACUACACAGCGAGCAAGUGUAAGCUUCCAAUUAAGUGGAUGGCACCGGAGAGUAUAAACUUUCGAAGAUUCACCACAUCAUCCGAUGUCUGGAUGUUUGGAGUCUGUAUGUGGGAGAUACUCAUGCUGGGAGUGAAGCCUUUUCAGGGUGUAAAGAAUAACGAAGUAAUACGUAAAUUAGAAAAUGGCGAGAGAUUGGCACUUCCCAAUCACUGCCCACCGCGAUUAUACUCAUUAAUGUCUCAGUGCUGGAGUUACGAGCCCAGCAAGCGACCAACGUUCAAGGAUAUUAGAGAGAACUUGCACGAGAUUCUCCUCGAGGAGAAACAUCAGCAGCAGGAGACUAUGAGGCGGGAAAACAGAAGGGUACAGGCAAUGUCCUGGGGAGCAGACGACGUCCCGCCGCCAAAGCCAUCUAGACAACCGCAGAAUGCAACGGAUCAAACUCAACUCACAGUGACGGCUCCGGUCUCGACGUACAUUGUGGCGCAGAGUCCUGAGGUCCUGGCACAGCUCCUGAAGGAUAACCAGACUAGGGGGGUAUGUCCCUCGGUCUACACGACACCCGCUUCACCUUUUAAUACCCUUGCAGUCCAGUUCCAAGACGAGGAUCAGAUCCUCACCACUGCCGUAGUCUCAGAUCUACCUUUCUUCGACCCACUCGUAUCCGAAGCUGGAAUCUCCCACGACAAUCAGUCCGGAGACUCAACACUGUCUGAAACUAAUUUAGAUUCCUUAGACUCCUCCGACACCGUGUCACCCUUAAUGUCCAGCUUAACUAUGUCUGAUUCAGGUCAGAGCCAGUCCCCUGCAGCUUGUCGAAAGCAGCAGAAGGUUAAAGAGAUGCAGAAUUUAUACGCGGUUAGCUCAAAGGUCGUCGGUAGCAUUACCGGUGACCUCUACUCGCCAGUGCAGAAGUUCUCGACCUCGAACGCAGUGCCGAUAGCGAGUAACGCUUGCGCCGAGAUAUACGGCCCGGUCGCGAAUUUCACUCAGAGUUCAGCAAUCGUUGGCAACCUUAGUCAGAGUCCUAGUGUAGGUGGUAAUUUCGGUGAGAAUCCUGGAAAUUAUGGACCCUCUAGCUUGCCGAAUGUCAUAGUAUCGCAUAGUCAGUACGUCCCUGGCACGCAUGCUCAGAGUCAGUCUAGCAGUUACUCCCAGUUCCCCAGUAGCGUCGGGGCGCAGCCCUUCAGUGGUAUCGGUGCUGGACAAAAUUCCACUCAAAAUCCUCCAAGCGGACAGACUCCUGGUGCUCCCGGUGGUGGUUAUUCCCGUAGCGUUAGUUCCUUGACGACGGUCAUGACAUCAUCAGCUACCGAGUGCCUAUACGGUCCGGUACUGAAGUUCCGAGCUCAGUCAGCGCAGAGCCAGAGCUGUGAGAUGAAGACUGGUACACCACCAAAUGUCUCGCACAUGCAAAACGCCAGGAACAACCUGGUCUACAGUCCGACACCGGUGCAGAACUUCCAGUCGCAGCCAAUGUAUCCUCAGAACUAUCAGCACCAACAGAUCUACUCUAACGUAGCUCAGACAGCUCAGCAACCGAUGUACGUCACGCGUGGUCAGCACGUACAGAACUUCCAGAGGCAGAGCUCCCUGCAAGCUCAGGCUGUCUCUUACAGCCAGGCCCAGUUCACCAGCUGUCAGAAUCAGUCAAAUGGAUCAAAUCCAAUAUACACUGUGCACGCUACGCCAUCAACAGUUGUUCAAGCUCAGAAAAUGCACCAGGCGACUUACGCCCAGCAGAUACAAUCCGGAACUAGCAGUCCUCUGCCUACGAACCAACCAGGAAUGAUCCAGACUCACGUAGUGCAUUCUCACUUCGCCGUACCAAACACGAGCCAGCAACACGUUUCACAGUCUGCUCAGAAAUUCGUACCGCAGCAGCUUCCCAAUUCCGGAGCGCCUAACCAGGGCGUGGGGGACCAGGUGAAUCAGGUCUUAGCGACCUCAGUAGACCCUGCCACAUCCCGUUUUAACGCGGUGAACUCACAGCAGGCCAUGAGUGCUAGCUGCACAACGCAACAGUCACAAAUGGUCCAGCCGCAGGUUGCCAUGGCAGUUACAAGAUCAAGCGCACCCCAGAUCGCUACUGGAGUAGCCAAGAUCACCACGUUUGUAACGCAAAAAACUGACGAGCAGCUCACCAGCUCUACCGAUGGCACAAUGUCCGGUUCACUGGUCUCCUCCGCUGUCAGUGACAGUACUGUCUCCUCCAGCGGCUCUGUGACCGAGGAGGCUCAGCAAGAUCAGAGGAACGCACAGUCACAAUUGUUCGAAAGCGUCUCGGAAAGUUUCACCCGGGGUGUGGACGAUGAGCAGAAGAUACUUGAGCAGCGACUAUUGGAACAGCAAAGACAAUCCGAAGAGGACAGCAGAUGGUUGGCACGAGAAGAGAAACGUCUUUCGAUUGCAACCAGCGGCGACGAGAGUGCCAGCCCUCCGGUACCGAGGUCCGUCACGCAAUCACCAAGUCACGAAGCUCACACUGCCAAUACGGGAUCACUUGGCUCUGACAAGGGUUCCGAUAAAGUAAUAGUCGUCAAGAAGAUGGAACCAACCCCAACGGCUGAUUUGGAUAGAACCAAUGACAAAGUCUAUGACUGUACUACAAGUGUCGUGAGAGCUGUAAUGUCUUUGUCUCAAGGAGUACAACAAAGUAAGGCUGAACAGUAUCUAGAACUGGUACGACGCGUGGGCGUGGAAUUAAGGUCUCUUUUGUCCUCUGUGGAUGCUCUGGUGGAAAUACUCCCAGCCUCGGCGCACCGGGAGGUAGAAAUGGCGCACAAAGUCCUGAGCAAAGACAUGGCCGAGCUUGUGUCAGCCAUGAAACUGGCUCAGAGUUACAGUGCAACGACAUUGGAUGCCGAAUAUAGAAAGGGCAUGCUAUCCGCGGCGCAUAUCCUGGCAAUGGACGCGAAGAAUCUCCUGGACGUAAUCGAUUCCAUUCGCAUCCGUUAUCCGUACGUGGACAAUCGGAUCUGUCAAAAGCAAAGCGAGGUGAUAAGCAACACCAGAGAGUCCACGCCGGAAAAUCAAAAUCGGUCCAGCCAGUCCGGAGAACAACUGCUGGGCAGAAGUCUGUCGAGCGACAGACAGACGCCGACAUUCAGACAGAGUCAAAGUGGAGAUCUUCUUCAUCGAAUGGGCCAAUCGAUGGACCAUUCCUUCCAGCAGGGCAGCCAGUCAGACGUGAGCUCAGUGUCUAGUCUCGAAAGGCGGCAUCACAUGGUGACGAAUAGUCUCGAAAGAAAUUCCACGGCAAGAAGACAAAUGGCGACGAACAGUCUUGAACGGAAGAGACCAUCCCUUUCGUGCAAUAUGGGUUCUGCUGGGAAUCCUGCCAAUCUACCGCCGAUAGUACCGGUCUCCUGCAACCUGGUGCAGACUAUCACUCCUGUCAUUAAUCCAAGUCAGUCAGUCUCGCCGGAUGUCAGUCAGUCGUCUGCAUUCGCUAUGAACAACAAGGGCAACGAGACACCGCCCAACGACAGCUAACAACAAGAUUAGGGAAAUUGAGGUUCGCGUCGAGACGAUAUAGGGUGGUGCUUUAUUUUAUUUCUUUCCUUCGUUCUCCUUUAAUUCAUUUUAAUGUAUCAUUUUGAAUAUGAACGUCGCAGAGUUGCCUUUUGUUUAUCUGUAAAUAUGUGAGAACGUCAAGUUACCCUUGCGCGUCCCUCGGCACGACGUUGCUCGACGAUGAACCCGAGGGUCGGGGCUCUCUUAAUAUUCGUGCUUGUUAGCCGUUCCUUUUCUUUUUUGUUUUCAUGUGUUCUCUUACAUUCUUCUUUACCUCAAUUUUCUUCAACGAUAUUUCAUACCCUCGGAGACGAACCACACUUUAUCCAAGCGUACUUAUAGGUAGGACAGUAUUCACUAGCUCUUAGCGUUUAUAGCUGAUGCGUCGCCAGGUAGUUUAAGGUCACAGCUGUAUCGAAAUCGCAACUCCAAAGUUUUAGGGUUAUCGUUGAUAAUUGUUAUAGGGUGACGCAGAGAAACUUAUAAUAUUUUCAUCUCUUCGUCGACGAUUUCGACUUUUUAUAAUAAGGGCUCGGGUCGCGUUUAUUUUAUGCCAGUGAUUGGUAUCAAUGUAUUUUGGAAUUUUUCAAAUGUAUGAAUAUUUCUUCAAUUUUUAAACGUUUGUAGCCCACUAGAGGGUUUCUGUCUCUUUGCGUCACUCUGUAGAUAGUCAAAUAUAAUUAUAUAAAAAUGAUAAGCGAUAAUCGGCAGUCAUCGUAGUAGCUCGCGGACGCUUCGCGUUCUAUGUAGUAUUUGCAAUUUUACAAAUGUUGUUUUUAAAACAGGUUCGUAAUUCGAUAGUCUAUUUCCUAUGACAUAUAUAUAUAUAUAUAUAUAUAUACAUAUGGGGA